UAUUGUCUUGAUCUUCAAACUUGGUUACAUUGGGUUGCCCCGCGCAUGCACUUUGAUGUACCGUCCAUGUCAUUGGUGGUGACAUCGAUGUUUAAAUGUUUUUAGCUGCACAUAGAGUUCUUGUAGGCCUACUCAGUUGUAUCUAGAAGGUUUUUGCUUGAACUAUACACCCCGCACUUGAGACAAGCACAAGUAUUCGCAGAGGCCAGACACCUCCUUUGACCCACACACAAUGAACAGGUCUAUUGAUCAAAGGAGAGACAACAGACGUCAGGGGAGACAAGGUGAUCUUUCAUUCAGCAUCCUAGACAGAUCGAUAGAACCAAGAGAAGAGCUGCGGAGCAAUGUCUUGCAGAAUGACCGCAUCAGAAAAUCAAUGGGAAUGCUGGAGCAAGCAACUGGCUUACAGGGUACACCCGCCCCAGGAGUAUGGCCUUUCAACCAAACAGCAAGAACACCUGCAAGUGAGAUGAAACGCAGAACAUAUACACCUCAGAAGCCACCCAUGACAUCAGAGUUUGAUGUUUCAGACACAGUUGGAUUCACACCAGCGAGAUCCUUUCUUACUCCGUCAGCCAAGCUUUCAAUGUCCAUGGGUGAACCGACCCGGAACCUGCAAGCCUCUAUGCUGUCCAGUCCUCAGUAUGAUAACUCAAUGCUGGAUCAAACAGGUGUCACCAUGGACAUGACCAGGGCGAAUCUCCUGCUGCAAGAGGAUCCAGGACAACUAGCAACGGAAGGGUUGUUUGAUGAGUUCCUGAAUGCCUUCAAGAAACACCAGUCUCUGACCGAUGUCUUUGCCUUGGUGUCUGAGUAUGAACGUCUCUGUCAUGAACAGGUCACCAUGCUGGACAGACUCAUGACCAAAACUCUACCCAGUCAGAAAAGCUUUUCCCGCACACUUCAAGUGCUUCGCCUGCUGACCCAGGAGAAAGCAACAUGGCGACUGAUUGGUUCAUUGUAUCAGGACAGACAAAUGUCUGCGGAAGAUCAAGAUCCUGGCUCUAUCAUUGUCGAUAGAAUUCAUACCGAACACCUCAGCGAGAGAGAGAUUGCAGACUCUUUGUUCGAGAGGGACGCCGUCGUUAGACAACAUCAGAUCGUUGUAGAUUGGUUGGAAAGCGUAGCUGCCGAUCAGUCUGCAUUCUCGUACAAUAAAGUCCAGUUCUACUCGCAUUCAGUGUGCUGGGAAAACACUCUCCAUGACCUGCAGCAGAGGGCGGUAUCGGGGUCAUCAACAAGAGAGACGAUGGUGACCUCUCUUGACCCGGAUGCCCCGAUCCGAGAGAACCGACCUCUGGCUGACCUGGACAAGGAGGACGAGACCAGGCUGCUCCUGAACGUCUUCGCCAACAUCCGGGCCGGGAAGCUGGAGGAAGCUCAGAGACUGUGCAAGGAGUCCGGCCAGGCGUGGAGGGCUGCGUCCUUAGAGGGAUGGAGGCUCUAUCAUGAUAGGAAUAUGACCUCAGUUCAUACCUCAGGCGACCUGGCCCCGAUCGAAGGCAACAUGUACCGAGACAUCUGGAAGAAUGUCUGCUGGAGAAUGGCCGAGGAUGAGAGAUUCCAUCUGUAUGAGAGGGCCAUCUAUGCAGUCCUUAGUGGAAACCUGAGAGAGCUGCUACCGGCUUGUGACCUGUGGGAGGACUGCCUUUGGGGGUACUUCAAGGUUCUAGUCGACCAGGAAGUAGAGAGAGAGAUCCGGGACCAGCUGAGGUCAGAUAGGGCCCUUCAACCUCUACCCCAGGGCUAUUACACCAAAGAUCUCACUCCACCCAAGAUUUUCCAAGAGCUUCAUGCCCAUCCAAACCAAAAAGUAGAAGCCCAAGCCAAAGAGAAGCUUCAUCUUAUACAGAAAUACAUCAUACUGGGUGAUAUUGAUACCCUUCUUGAAGAAAUGAGUGAGUGGUUGAGAGAGAAUAACCCACGUCCUUCUCAUCAUCUAGUCCGCUUCAUGGCUCAUCUAGCCCUCACCUUACGCUCUCUAGGACUACAAACCAGAGAGGAGAUAUGCGUCUCUGUCAUCGAGGCCUACGUCAAGGAUCUAAUCUCUGACAAUAAGACUGAACUGGUUGCCAUAUACGUUUCACAACUUCCAGCUGAUUUGCAGGUUGUGUGGUAUGCAAAGUUUUUGGAAGGCAUCCAUGACAAGAAUCAGAGACAGUACUGCUUACAGCUAGCUGAAGAUGCCGGAUUGGAUGUAGCUGCAAUCACCAAGAAGGUCGUGGAGACAUUGAGAUUCAAAGAAGACGGGGAACCUGGUUCAGAUAUCGUACGCACAGCAGCAUUGGAAGCAGCUACAUCACAGGAGGAUCGUCGUAAGAUAGAAGCCAUUGACUGGUUAGUGUUUGAUCCAUCACAGAGGGCUGAAGCUGUCAAGCAGAGCAACGCUAUCAUCAGAACUUUCCUUGCCACCACGAAGCACGACGCAGCCAGAGAGGUCUUCAAGAAGCUUCCAGAAGAUUCCAUCGAUGUGAUCAUCAGAAACUGGAAGGCCAUGGCAGGGUCUGUUUCCCCUCCUGCUGAAGAUACCAAUGCUAUCAGGGAGUAUCUCUGCAUCAAGGCCUACUUGGAUGCCCUUGACGCCUACAAUGACUGGUUCGCUCACUACCACAACAAAAAGCCUGGUCCUCCUUGCCUACCGGACGACGCUAACUUCCACGACAAAGUGCGCUAUGAACAUGAGCACAAGGAAUAUGAGAUGGAGUUGGAGAGAUGGGAUCAGACAGUGCUAGCACUCACCAAGGGAGUCUCAGACACCAUGUACAAUGUGCUUCUAUUUGUAGAUGGUGGAUGGAUGGUCGACCAGACUUUUGAUGAGGAAGACGAAGAAGUGGAUGAGGUACGCUUGAGUCAGAUGCAACGCUUGAGAGAGCUCUGCAUCCCUAAGAUGUGUCUACUGUUACAUUCUGUUCUUCAUUCCACGCGACAGUUCAACCAUUGCCUGGUUCUAGCUGACAUCAUGGCAUCGGAGCAGUACCAGCUCUAUAAGGUCUUCCGGAAGCCCGAAUUGAAACAAGUUCUCUCACGUCUUAGGGAGUCGUCACUGCAACUCUUGGAUCAGAAUCUGGAUGCCUUGGGUUACGAGAUUGCCUCGUGAUCGAUCCUGUGACCAGAUAUUAAAAGCUAGAUUGAGAAAUGUCUUUUCUUGAAAAAAAUAUGCAUGUACCGGUAUUCCAAUUGGACAUUGAACUUGAGUCUUGCAUAUGUAAGGCUACUCCAGGUAAAAACAAGGGAAUGGUUUAUCAGGAGAGGUAAUCUGUAUGAUUAUACAGGUUUCAGAAAGAAUUUUAACAUGGGUGAUCUGAUGUUCAGCUGCAUGCUUUGCACAGGCACGGAGAACAACACAGCCAAAAUUACUGUAGCUCAAUAGCAUUUGUACCUAUUGAAUGCAUGGUUGACCAAAGAGAUCAAAGAGAACCACCUGGUCUCUUAUUCAUAUAAUACCAAGCUAGUUGUCAACUUAUUACAUGCAUGUAGGCCAUAAUACAUAUUUGACAAUUACAAUUGUAUGUGUAGGCUUCAUUCAUAAAAGUUCAUCUGUAUUUGUAAUAAGUAUGUUUGAAAGUUAAAUUUGUUAACGCAAUUUAUAUGAAAUCUUUACCAUCGACAUUUUCAGCGGGUCAGCUGCAGCCUUCGUCAGCAAUAUGACCUGACUUGACUUCCUGUCGUAAUUGGCAAUGGUUAUGUUGUAGAUAUUUAUUAGUAAGCUUAACAGCUUAAAAUUUUGCAUGUAAAGUUUUGUGUUGAGGUCAAAAGUUUAACUUUCAAACAGACAUGUAGGCUUCGUAAUGUUUUAUCAAUAUGAGCUCUGGUUCACAUCGCAAGGAUUAAAACUUUAAAGCGUAGG